AUGAAGCCUGUGCUCCAUGUGGACAAUGCAGCCAGGCCAGUGCCUUCUACAAUGGCUGGAAAGACCGGCGUCCUUCCAGGGCAAAAACAGUGUGUUGUAUUAAAAGGAAUAUGCAGAGAUGACAGCUGUACCUCCAUAGAUGAUACAAUCGGUGUAUGUGGUGCGAGAAAAAAAUGCUGUAGAAGGUGGUGGAUACUCUAUCCUUACCCAACCCCGAUUCCCAAAGGAAAAUCUCCUUAA